AUGUUUACAUCUAAUUACAGCAAUUCUACCAUAACUUUCAAUCCCAUCACCUCCAAAUACUCGAUCAACUUUGCCGGGAAAACCAUAGAAACAACCGUCACAGACAAAGCUAGCAUCGUAGAUGAAUGGGUUCGGGAAAUGCUUUCAAUAUGUGGCGGAAAAGCCGUGGUUGUGGGCUUAGACGUUGAGUGGAGGCCGCAUCCGAUACGUUCGAUGAGCAACAAGUCGGCGACGCUUCAACUGUGCAUAGACCAAAAGUGCCUGAUCAUUCAACUAUUCUACCUGGACUACAUCCCACAAUCCAUAAAGAGCUUUCUGAUGGACUCGAACUUCACUUUUGUGGGGAUUGAGGUAGCGGAUGACAUAGCGAAGCUCCAGAACGAGUAUGGACUUGGGUGUAGCAAACACGCGGAUAUCAAGGAGAUGGCAAAGAGACAAUGGCCAGGACGGUUUAGAAGGCCUGGGCUGAAGGACCUGGCUUUGGAAGUUGUGGGUCUUUAUAUGAAGAAGCCCAUGCAUGUGACCAAGAGUAACUGGGAGGCACGGCUGCUCACCGAAAGUCAAGUUGAAUACGCAUGCAUCGAUGCCUAUGCCUCUUACAGGAUUGGCCACAAGCUUCUCCAUGAGAUCUGA